AUGACACAGAGUCAGCUAUUGAGGAGGAACGGCGAGGCUACUCGCAAGCGAUUGAAGAUCUCGGUGGCGCAUUUUGACAAUUCAGUGCUAAUCAAAACCUACACCAAAACUUUGAUUGGGAGGUGUAUGAAUCCGGAGGAACAAGAGAUGAAUGUGUUGUUCACAAACCUUCCAAAGAUUUGGAAAUUGGAGGAGAAGGUCACGUGUACUGACUUGGGAUUUGGCAAGUUCCAGUUUGACUUCAAGACUGAGGAGGACCUUGAAGUGGUGCUGAAGCACCAACCUUAUCACUUCGACUACUGGAUGCUCUCCUUGGCGAAGUGGCAACCAAGGCAGUCUAGGUCUUUCCCUUCAGAGAUCAUGUUCUGGAUUAAAGUCAUUGGGAUACCGCUUGAGUUCAGGACGGUUCCUACUUUUGAGAGCAUUGGAGGCGCUUUGGGACGGGUGGUUGCAGUGGAUGUGGUUCAUAAUAGGGUCCAAGUGGUGGUGGAUGCUUUCAAGGAGCUGUGCUUUGAAACUACUGUGGACUUUAAAGGAGGAGAGUUCUAUGACAGUGAGGAAGCGGCGGUAUCAUUGCGAUACGAGAAACUUUUUGGUUUUUGCAAGCUUUGUGGUAGUCUAUGUCACAAGGAAGAGCUAUGCCCACUUGAUGUGAAGAAUUCAAAGUCGAGCCCAGAGCGAAGAAGAGAGACCAGAGAAGGCGCUGGGGGUUGGUCUGAUGGGAAGCAGCAUGAUGAUAGAGCUCGAAGCUACAAAGGGGUGGUCAUAAAUGGUAAUAUGGGUCCACAGAAUAAGGAAAGAGAUAGUAGGGAGUACUACGGGAAGGGUAAGGGCAAGAUGCACGAGGAACCAGACUCUAAAUGGGUUAAGGUAGCGGAGCGAGGAUCUAAGAGACCUCCUAAUCAUUAUGGAAACUACAGAAGAGAUAGCGAGAGCUCUCGCUACAAAAAUGCGCGCCGAGAAGAUGGGAUGAGGGCUUAUGAGGCACAUACUAAACUGUCUUCAGGGCAGGCACAAGAGGAUCAAAGGUUCCAACUAGAGCUUGCUAAGACCCAGGCGGAGGCAACGGAGGGGAUUAUGGAGGCUACUGACGAGGAAAAGGGUUCACUUGAGGUGCAAGGAAUGGUGGAGAAGCAGGAUGAAUUAACAGAUGAUGUUGUGAAAGAUAUUGACAUGGAGAUGGAUGCUAUCACUGCUACCCUUUUGAAGAGUGGUAUGGAUAUGGAGGCAGAGGACGAGUUCAAGACCCUUUCAGAGGAGGAAGCGGAGCAAGCUUCUGGGGCUCAGAUAGUGCACACUCAAGCACAGGAGGAGGAGGAAUUGGGGAAUGGUGAUGUUGAUAUCACCGAUGACACGGGGGCAAGGGAUUUGGGGACAAGGCAAAGCACUCGUAAGCGAUUGUUCAAGCCUACUAUUAGUACUGCUGGAAGUAAUAAGACGAGGAUGGCGAGCACGCUUCUCUCUCCACGUAAAAGGGCUGCAGCGAAAGGGGGUUCUCGUCAGGGAGAUAGCAGCAAGCAACUGGAGAACAAGGGUCCUUCACACCCGAAACCAGCUAACCUGAAAUUCAAAGUUUAUGGAUAA